AUGGCAGAGGUGCUCUGGCCUACCGUACGAAAGAGUCCAGCAGAUAUUGUGCGGUUACUACUUGCGAAAGGCGACGUUAAAUGUGACAGUUUCGUGAGAAACAAGCGGACACCAUUGCCGUGGGCUGCGUCAAGUGACCAGGAUGCGGUGCCAUGGUCAAAUAUCGAGUUGGGGGACGAGGGUGGAUGGACGUCGCUCUCAUGGGCUUCCCAUUCCAGGAAAGAGCAGAUUGUCCAGCAGUUGCUCGAAGCAGGCGCAAAUCUGCAUACAAAGGACAACUUGAAGCAAGUCGCCCUGCUAUACUUAGCUGCUGCUGCUGCUGGCGUAGAGAAUGUGGUCAGCCUCAUUGUCGCCCACCUGACUUCAGUUUCGCGCCAAACAACAUCCGACGAGCUAUCAGAGUCGCUAUGGCCUCUUGCACGCUACGGCGCUGUACUAAUGGUAAAGGCGUUGCUCAACGCAGAGGCAGACUCAAAGUGUCGAGACGCAAACGGUCAGACUUCUCUGUUCAUAGCAGCCUCGCAGGAAAACGCACCAAUCGUCGGCUUCUUAUUGCAAAACAAGUAA